UAUACUGUAACUAAUUACUUUCUAAUAGGUUAGCAAGAAGUUUCAAUGAUGAUGAUUAUCCAUUAUUAACUAUUAAAAUCCACUGUAGCCAGUGCUGGGUGUAAUCUGAUUACAAAUUAAUUAGUUACUUUUGUAGUCAAAGUAGUGCAGUGCAUUACCUUUUAAAUUAUUGUAAUCAUUACAGUUACUGACUUUCAAAGUUAAUGACUUUUAAGUACGUUACAUUUUUCUAAAAUAAUAUUAUGUACAAGCCAUUUUAAGCCUGUUGAUACGCACGUCUGUUUGUGUUUCUGUGACAGCUGAAGGAACAUUGAAGUGGAAAAAGGAGGAAAUAUAGGCAUUAUUUUAAAUCGUUGGGCCUCAUUCAUGAAACUUUUGUAAAUAUAUGAGUAAAGUGCAUAAAAUUAACCUUCCCAAAAACUUUCCGCCGGAUUCACAAACGCUUCGUACUCCUCAGAUUUGUUAGUAAAACGUGUGUAUGUUCGUGAAUUCCAAACAUUCAUAAAGAUGAGGGCUGUGUACGUUCAUUUACAAUUAUUAUAAUCCACACCCAUGAAAACGCCAUAUAAGGAAGGCACUAGACUUGCUAUGCAGAACAGUAGAAGGAGGAUGUAUACCAUCAUUAACCUUCUCUGGUUCAGUUCACAGCAAAUCGCCAGCAUCAUCUAUGAAACAUUUUGGGUAAAUCAUGAUGGUAACAGUACUAUACUUGCAACUGGAAGAAUCUUCAGAGAAAUUAAUAGAAUGCCUGAAGAUCUUUGAUCGAAACGAUUUGCAAGCUAUAUAUGAUUGUGCCGCCGAUGUGUUUAUUUGAGUUUAACAGCAUUAGCAUUGACCAUACGUUAUCAACUGAGCGCGUUUUACCGAUGCCUAUACUAAAUUAUAAAACCUAAUUUAUAGAGCUCAUAUCAAAUAAAAAAACUGUCUAACUAGUCACGUUAGAAGGCAUUAAUUUUUUCGAGAAAAUCAAGCACUUCUGCUGGAAAAACAAUAAGCAGAGUUAGGAAAAAAAUUAUACUUUGAAAAAAUGUAUUCAAGCAGUAAAGAAAUGUUUCUAAAUGAGUAGAGGCUGUGGUUUAAAAAGAAAACAAAGCUUUUUUCUUUUUUUACUCAUUUGUUAUUUUUUUUAAUACAUUUUUUUCAUUACUUAUUUAAUUUCACUUCUAUCAAAACAUGUCAGUUUGUCUGAAAGAACAUGUUCGGAUGUCUUACGCACAAUUUACACGUGGUCGUGAGCAGGUUUUAGAAAGUAACUUCAAAGCAAAUUAAUUUGUAAUGCAAGUACUUUCCCCAUUAAGUCAUGGGGAAAGUAAUUUGAUUACAAUAUUAGAGAAGUAAUUAGUGAUUUGUAGUGGAUUACUAUUUCUGAGUAACUUACUCCAAACUAACUGUAGCUACUAAAAACAGAAGUUGCUGCAGCACUAGUUGGCAGCAGAUCUAUUAAGAUUUCUAAUUAUUACUUGAGCUUCAGCUGCUCCAUUACCAAUUCAAGUCUUUUUGCUUACAGCACAAGUAUUGGCUGCUCAAACAAGAUGAUUGGCUCCAAUUUUAUAGAGUAGCUGAUGAAGCAUAAGUGGUGUACAUGUUAAUUGAAAAAUCAAAUGUUGAGUAACAAAACAAUUACAAAACAAGCAGUCAGUUACUGAAAUCACACAAAAAGUUACUUAUACUGAGCUGCUACUUUUGAAUUUGCGGACAAGGUGUUAGCAUUAUCAGGAAGUGAUACGCAUAGCAGAUUCUCAUUUUGUUGCUCUUGAACUCCAUGUACAUCUACUGCAGCUUUAGUGACUAGACCAGAACAUGAUGUUUGGACUGAAUUUAUCUGCUGUGUGGAUGCUUUGGUGCUGCUGUCUUGUGCAUGUCAGAGGUUAGUUCCUUGAAUGCCUGAGUAGGAGUGAUAUAAUUUGUUUAUUAACUGAACUAUUGUUACCUUUAUUGGACCCUUUAAAAGUGUGACUUGUCUAUUAUUCAUAAUUUCAAAUCUUUCCCACAGGGCAUGGUGUGUGUCAAAAUAACUUAAUUACAAGAAUCAAUUUAACCACAGAGCUGCAGUCUGAAAUUCUGACUCAGCCCAUUGUAAUGUGAUUCAAACUCAACACAGACAAAGUGAUCAUUCUGUUGUGGUCUAGAAUGGGUCAGCAAGGCCUUAAAGUGAAUGUUUUGUAAACUGAAGAACAUGACUGAAUGUUAGUCAUAUUGUCUCUAUUCUUUCAGGUCAAACAGCUGAUGAAAUAACCUAUACAUCAGUUGUCUACAGGUUACUGCCAUGAAAGCAUUUUCAGGAAGUGACAUGCAUAAAUUCUCACCUUGCUGCACUUGAACUCAAUGCACAUCUACUGCAGCUUUAGUAACUAGAUCAGAAAAUGAUAAUGCUGUUUGGACUGAAUUUCUCUUUGGUGUGCAUGCUGUGGGGUUGCUGUCAUGUCAGAGGGCAUGGUGUGUGUCAAAAUAACUUAAUAACAAGAAUCAAUUUAACCACAGAGCUGCAGUCUGAAAUUCUGCUUCCAUGUUACUCUGAACCAGCCCUCUUUGGAUCAAACAUGACUGCAAAUGUAAGUGUUGAGUGGACUCACAUUAGUACACCAGUUGACUUUAUCGUAGAGAUCAAAGUAAGUGGUGAAGUGUUGUUCUGGAAUCACAGAGGAAAAAGAAUUAAGGCAUUCCCUGAUUUCGCCGGCUCUGGAAACUUCUCCAUCCUCAUUCGUGAUGUGCAGCGGUCUGAUCUUGGUCUCUACCGCUGUGAACUGUUCAGAGAGUUCAACUGUUCUCUGGGAUAUAAGGACACACAACUCAGUCUCACUGCUAUUGAGUUCUCAUUGUUGAAUAACUGGCAGCUCAUGUUGGCAGCAUCAGGAGGAGUUCUGCUUCUCUGUGUGUUCAUAGGAUGUGGUUACUAUACAUGGACAAAAAGAAAAACAGUCUAUGCAUCAGUUGACCAUAAUUCACCCGAUUGCCAUGACAAUGAAGGACAAGCAGGUGAUGAAAUAACAUAUGGGUCAGUUGCCUAUAAGCCACACAACUGCAUUGACAGCAAUGGACAAAGAGUUGAUGAAGUAACAUAUGCAUCAGUUGCCCAUAAGCCACGCAACUGCACUGAAAGCAAUGGUAAUUUUGCACAAGGAAGAUUUUACUUUAUUAUAAGUCUCAGAAAUAUGUCCUCAGCAUUACACAACAUUUUUUGAAUGGCCUUAAAAUGAAAUGUUAAUUGCUUUCCUUGUACAUCAAAUGUUUUACACAGUCUCUCUAUUUUAUAAGUCAUUUAUCUCAUGAUCUUUUUCUUUCUCACCAGUUCUUGAGGGUAAUGAUUUUAUAAACAGCUCCACCACAGCGUCAGACCAUGUCAAGUGAAUCUAACAAGAGUAGAAGAAAUGCUCCAUUAGACAGUUCUAUAAAAGUAGUGCAACUUUAUUUUCACAAACUGAAAAUUUGUCUAUAGAGAUGUCAAAAACCACUGUAGCUUGUCACAUUUGGCCCCUUAUUUAUUCUAAUUUUAAAGCUAAUGGAGUCACAUCCAGAUAAAGUUUGUGCAUCAUAUAUAUCUGUUUUCUCUUUAUCUGUUAUCUCUGUUUAAAGUCACACUGUUUGCUUAGCUGCAUUGAGCAUGAGGCCUUGUGCUGAGCAUGAAUAGGUGUGAAACUGAUCUGAACAACUUUAUCACCUAAACCACUGAAGUCUUUGCACCAGACCCCAUACAAACAGACAGGGCCGCAGGUGCAGUAAUUGGGUGGAAUAAAACAAGUGCAACAGCAGUAACUCUCAUCCUGUUUGCCAUAUUGAUUGUUAAUGUAUGGACAUUACAAAUUAAAGUUGGUAUAGAAAUUAAAUAAUUACAGAAAUGAAUGUAAAGGUACUUUAGACCAGUAUCCAUGAACUUACUAAAAGUGACUGUUUUUGUGUCACAUUGUAGCCUAAAUGUUUAGUUUUGUAAGUCUAGUGUGAAAAUGUUUCUCAGCUCUGUUGUCUUGCUUCAUAACUUUAAUUUCUGUGAACAAAAACCAAGAUGUAAGAAGGCAGCAAAACAAUAUUAUAAAUAUAUCCACAUGAGCUGGAUAUCUGCCAUGUGUGUACAAGUAAACUUUCAUUUAAAGCACCUGUAGGGAAAGGCAUCUCAACAAUGUUUAAAACUUUAAAAAUGCCCAUAAAAAUUCCAUCACAUAUUAUUAUAAUUUAUACUAGCAUAGGAAGUGCACACAUUACACUCAACAGCCCUAAAAAAAUAAAAAAUAAAUUAAAAAAAAUCAUACUAAACAUGAUCCUGAUACUGUAGGUAUGACAGUUUAGUAAACAUGAAGCUCACCAGGCAAAACAGUUUACUAUAGCUUACAGUAUUAUUAUUUAUUAAAACAUUUUAUUAUUAUUUUUGUGCCCCAAAUUACACGUUCAAUUGAAACAUGGCACUUGCAAGGUUUCUUACCCAGUUAAACUGCAAUAUACUGUAGUUAAAUUUGGCAGAUGGCAGCAUGUUGUACUGUAUCCACACUACUUCAGUAAUCGUGACUGAAAGGGGCUACCUUUUGCAUCUUAAAAAAAUAAAAAUCACAAUUCCCAUUUUUUUAAAUAAGUUAAAUGAAUAAAUAAACACCUCAUUAAAAGCAGCAAUCUUGACAAAGGAAAUGUAGUUGGGAAUAAUAUUGUUUACUUGGUCAUUUAACUGUUUACUUGGUCAUUUAAAAGUUUUAGGGCCUGGGUAGUUGUAUUGACGCUGACUACCACCCCUGGAGCCAUGAGUUCGAAUCCAGGGUGUGCUGAGUGACCCCAGCCAGGUCUCCUAAGCAACCAAAUUGGCCCGGUUGCUAGGGAGGGUAGAGUCACAUGGGGUAACCUCCUCAUGGUCGCGAUUAGUGGUUCUCGCUCUCAAUGGGGUGCGUGGUAAGUUGUGAAUGGAUCACGGAGAGUAGCAUGAGCCUCCACAUGCUGGGAGUCUCCGCGGUGUCAUGCACAGCGAGCCACGUGCUAAGAUUCGUGGAUUGACUGUCUCAGAAGUGGAGGCAACUGAGACUUGUCCUCCGCCACCUGGAUUGAGGUGAGUAACUGUGCCACCACGAGAAUUUGCUAAGUAGUGGGAACUGAGCAUUCCAAAUUGGGAGAAAAAGGGAGAAAAAAUUUAAAAUAAAUAAAAACAAUUCUGAAGCUGUGAUUCGGGCAUAGGGGCAGUGUCUGUCACCAACAAGUGCAUUCAUCAACCAUUUCUGUUUAGCACCUACAAUUUUAGGUUGUAGGCAGGUUUAAACAUACUGAAUUGUGAUUUUUUUUUUUUUAUUAUUUUAUUUUAUUUUUAAGAUUCCAGCUUUGGGGAAAAAAAAAAAAAAAAAACAGGAAUAGAAAAUAUGAGCCUAGGGUCAGUCUAGACUAGAAAUAUCAGAUAAUAAAUGACAUGUUAAAGGACUUCUCACUUGAACUGGCUUAUUUCAGCACAACUGAUUUCCCAUAAUUUUCCCCGUCCCCUGUAGUAAGGUCUUUCUGUUCAAUUCUUACAAAGCGUGACACCAAUUAAAUUUUUUUUUAUUACGUUUGCAACUUGAUUUGCGCUUUCAUAAAUCUUACUCUGUGCAUGCACAUUUUUCUAUCAUGCUUGUAAAUUCAUUUACGCUUUUACAAAUCUUACUCUGCGCAUGCAAAUCAUUUAGGCACUUUUUACAUUCAUAGGCAAUCCACUCCAUAAAGGGCGUAGAUUUGGCUUGAACACUGGGUAUAAAUAAUGAGGGGGUUGUACUUGCCCGGAAUCUACACCUCUGCAUUCCAUGUAGUAUAAAACAGAUACUAUGACUCAAGCUUUCAUUUCAUGUGACAGUACAUAAUUUUAAACAU